CCCUUAGAGUCAACCACUAUCCCCGGAAGUUUCGGAGUACUGGCAACAAAUGAAAUAGAGGCGAGAGAAAAAUGAACUUCUUAUCUCUUCUCGGUGGAGGUUCAUGCUUCGCUGCGCUGCAAGUCUGAUUUCAUGUACUGACUUUGGAAAACACGCAGAAAAAUGUUUCUGUACAUCCUCGGUCUGGUGGCUGUUUGGUUCGUCUAUCGCUGGUACAGAGAAACCAAAAGAGUCUCCAACAAGGAGGACAAGUAUGUGUACAUCACAGGUUGCGACUCCGGGUUUGGUAAUCUCCUGGCGAGGCACCUGGACAAGCUGGGCUUCCGCGUGAUUGCAGGCUGUUACACCGGGAAGGGUGAGGAUGAGCUGAAGAAGGUCUCCUCCGACAGGCUGACCACCAUCCACCUGGACGUCACCGACUCUGAGAGUGUGAGCAAAGUGGCAGCUUUCAUCAAGACUCUGGUUGGACAGAAGGGCCUCUGGGCCGUCGUGAACAACGCUGGAAUCUCAGUGCCGUCCGGUCCCAACGACUGGCUCACCAUAGACGAUUUCAAGCCUAUGAUAGCGGUCAAUCUGCUCGGCGUCAUCGACGUGACCCUGAGUGUCCUCCCCCUCAUCAAGAAGGCCAAAGGCAGGGUGAUAAACAUCGCCAGUGUUUGUGGUCGAAUCAGCCCAUUCGGCGGACCUUACUGUGUGUCCAAGUAUGGAGUGGAGUCCUUCAAUGACAGCCUCCGCCUCAACAUGGCACCAUUUGGAGUCAAGGUGCUAUGCAUUGAGCCCGGGUUCUUUAAAACAAACGUGACUGACACGGCUAUGUUGAAGAAUAACUUGAUGAAGCUCUGGGACAGAUUACCUCAGGAAGUGAAGGACGACUAUGGGCAUGGUUUCUUGGACAUAAUGCUUGAACAGUUGGACGAGAGGUACAGGCAGCUUGUAGACGGGGACCUGAUGAAGGUGGUCGGCUGUAUGGAGCACGCCAUCUCUGCCCUUUAUCCACGCACUCGCUACUCCCCAGGAUGGGACGCCAAGUUCUUCUGGUUGCCCAUGUCGUACAUGCCGAGCUGGCUGUCAGACACUUAUUUCAUUAAAAGUACCCCCAGACCCAAAAUAUCUGUGCUGUAGUUUCUGUAACGUCAGUCAGUGAAGGAUUUUGGGCUAAUCUGAAGAUUAUAUGUGUGUGUGUUUAUUUUCUUACAAUAAUUAUGACUCUAGACAUUAUUACAUCUAUUUAAUUGACUAAUAGAGCUGCUCUCAGUAGAGUACAUGUCAGGUAAUGAAGAAACCUUUGAGCACUGACAAUUAACUUUGUGUCAAGUCAUGUAAUAAUCUUGACUGCUGUGUCAUCUCAACUUUGUUAAUAAAGCAAAAUAUCCUAACACGUAUUCGUCCUACAUAUCGAAGACUGUGUGCUCUGUAACCUUUAGUCAGAGAUAUUGUGCUUUCACGAUUGAUUUCAGUUGGAAGGGGAGUGCUGUUAUCAAAACCAGGGCUCAUGCCUGGUAUUACACAACCUUUUAGACCCUCCUGUUAUAUCGGACUUUGACUCUGCAGACUUGUUACAUAAUUUCACCUUCAUCACCAGGUUUUGAUGUAGAAAGGACCUUUCAGUUAAUUUUCAGGGGUGAAGCAGCAGAAACAUCUAAAGCUGUAACCAUGGUAUUUACAGACAGUCUAGCAGCUUAUUUGGCAGAGAGAUUCCUACAAGGUUGAUGGUUUCAGCCAAAAA